AUGCAGCAAUACGCCGCCUCUCCAGAUUACGCCAGGGUGCAGCGCGAGCACGCUUGUUCCACCGUGCCCGCUCUCCCGCUGCACGUCCUGCUCGACGCCCUCAUGUACAUCAUGGCCGACGACGAGGACGUCACCAUCGACUUUGUGUCGCUUGGCAUGUUCAUUCUGGAUGACAUCGAGUUCAAGCCGCCCACCCCGCCCGUCAAGGAUGUCGUCGGCGGUGCGGGCGCCUACUCUGCCAUCGGCGCACGCAUCAUGUCGCCGCCGCCGCUGUCGCGCUCUGUCGGCUGGAUCGUCGACUGCGGCUCCGACUUCCCUGACGACGUCCGCGACACCAUCCAGCACUGGGACACCAGCUGUCUCCUCCGAGAAACUCCUCACAGGCUGACCACCCGAGGCUGGAACGGCUAUGGCGAGAACGAACAUCGAGCCUUCAAGUACAUGACGGAGAAGCUCCGCAUCGACCAUGACGCUCUCACACCGGAGCUGCUCCUUUCCAAAUCUUACCACCUGAUCUGCUCGUCGACGCGUUGCGUCGACCUGGUCACCAACAUCCUUUUCAAGCGCAAAUGUCUGGCCCCCGACCGGUGGGUCAACCCGCCGCUCUUCAUCUGGGAGCCGGUGCCUGAUCUGUGCACGCCCGAGGAUUAUGAAGAGUGUCUCCAGGCGCUGCGAUACGUCGACGUUGUGAGUCCAAAUCACGGCGAGCUAGGUGGGUACUUUGGACGCAGCACCGUCACCCCGGACGGUGAUGUGGACAAGGCGGCGGUGCAAGAAUGCACAGAGCAAUGGCUGGAGUCUGGUGUGGGUGCGCGGGGGAAUGGAGCUGUGGUCGUAAGGUGCGGGAAGGACGGCUGCUAUGUCGCUUCGCGGGAAAACAAGACUUGGCUGCCAGCUUUCCAUACAUCCGCAGAAGCUGUCGUCGAUCCCACCGGUGGCGGCAAUGGCUUUCUGGGAGGCUUGGCGGUUGGCCUGGUGCGUGGAGGCAACACCCCGGGCGUGGAGAAUGUCGAAGAGGCAGCCAUUUGGGGUAGCAUCGCUGCCAGCUACACAAUCGAGCAGGUCGGCAUGCCCGUCCUGGAGAAGGGAGACACCGAGCAAGGAGAGAGAUGGAAUGGUACCAGAGUAGAGGACAGACUGAGGGAAUAUAAAGAAAGAGUGGGGAGACUGGAAAGCAGCUGA